UGUAAACAAAUGCUGUCGCACUUUCAUUCACACACAGAACAAGAUCGACAGCACAGCACAGACAUUUUCGGUGAGGAUUUUUAAAUAAUCUCACUCAAACAGAUCAAAUGAAACGUACUAGAAGAACCAGAAAAAACUGUGUGGUAGUAAACCCAAACAAGGAAGAGCUGAGAAGCGUGAGAAAGACAGUUAUACAGUGGAAUGGAAGAGGAAGGACAAUAAUGGGAACUGGAAAUUCACAGGUGUACGAUUUGACUGAUGAUCUCAGCCAGGAGGAAAGUAUUUUAAAGGCGCUUUCUCCUCCCUCUCAAACUCAGUCAUUAAUUAAUAACAAAUCCGUAAAGACUUCUGGAUCUCAGGAAGAUGGAAACAAUCUAGAUCCCACAAACACAUGCCCGGUUUGUUUCUCUGCACUUAAACCUGCAUAUAUAAAAGGUACUACAGAUAAACUGCUUCAGUGCACUCGAUGCCCAACCAUUCAGCUCCUCUGUGGCUCCUGCCUUUACCCCUGCACUUCUGCUGCCUGCACCAACAAGCUGUGCCCCCUCGUCUCCACACUGCUAACCUGUGAAGUGGUCUCAGAUCCAAAGAGCAAAGUGCUUGGUUGUCCAAUGUUCAGAGCCUGUCCCAAGUGUCAUAAUCUGAUUAUGCAUGAAAAAGGAUGCAAGUUUGUAACAUGCACAUCAUGCUUUCACCGGUUCUGUUUCAUCUGCUUGCAAAAUGAUUGUAGCAAGGAUCAUGCAAACUACUGGAAUCUAACUUGCACAAAGCCGAGAGCAGAAAGACAGAGAUUUAUGUCACCACAAACCUGAACAGAGAUUCCUCCAGGGUUGGACACUAUUGUCUAAAAUGCAAAUGCAAGAUUUGUCAAUUGCAAUACAGAAGUAAUCAGUAACAGAAUUAAUUUCACAAACUGAUUCAAUAUACAAAAGAAAUAGAACAUUGCACUGAUCCCAUCUUUCCCCUGUGCUUUGAAUCUAUGCUAUGCCUUACACCUGACUGACUUGGUCUUUGGUUAGCAGGAAUAACAACUCAAGUAAACUUCAAUAAAGUAGCACUAGUGGACACUAGCUGAUUUGUAUCCCUGUAAAACGUAGUUAUUAGAGAAACGGAUUGUACAUUAUUUUUCCUAUAAAACUGUGCCACGCUACUUCUUUUAUACCUAAAAUGUCAGCAAUCUUAUCAC